CCCACCCACAUCCAAAAACCCGCCACCCACUCACAAUAUUACUACAACUCUACCCGAACUUUCUCUCCACCACCCACCACCGCACGGAAGAACCUCUUCCCACGACAUCCAGCGGAACGGAAGCUUUCAACUCCGAACCAUCCAUCACAACUGAUCCGAGUUGCAUCAAGCUCCAUCUCAAUCAAACCGACCUAUAUUUUCCUGCCCGCUGGCCUCAUCUCAUUCCGACUGCCACGCGACUCGCAAUCGACAGUGCGACAACUAUAGUUGUCCAGGUCCCGCCCGCCGCCGUUUGCCACCACUAAGCCGACGGAUAAACACGGCCAGUGAUACUCAUAAACGAUCAGCAUGAACCAACAGGACGCGCAAAUGAUGCAGAACUACCCGGAUCCAACAGCUGUCGCGGCCGAAGGCAACGGCCCAUUUUACGCAUCUGGGAACGCUAGCCAGCAACAACCACAGCACCAGCAGCCACAACCACAACAACAACAACAACAACAACAACAGCAGCAGCAGACACAGCGCUUGUCAAAUCCCGAUGACCUGCAGCUGGCUGCUCAACUCUCCCGUGGGCUUGAGCCUAUGAUGGGAGGAGGUGGCGGGAAUGACGCGGCUCAUUCUCCUCAAAGCAAUCCCAACCACGGCUUCUCACAUGAGCAACAGAUGAUGGCCGAGAUGAGCCAUGCAGCGAACAUGGACCAUAGCCAGUACCAGAUGGGGGAUGGGCCGACACCGCGGAAGCGCUCGAAGGUUUCGAGGGCUUGCGAUGAGUGUAGGCGAAAGAAAAUCCGCUGCGACGCGACAACGGAAUCCGGCGAGGAACAGUGCACAAGCUGCAAGCGCGUCGGGACACAAUGUCAAUUCAGUCGCGUUCCUAUGAAGCGCGGGCCAAGCAAAGGCUACAUCAAGGAACUUGCAGAUCGAUUGAACCACUUGGAAGGCGCCAUGCAGAACCAAUCCGGUGAAGCCUUGCAUUACCCCCCUCAUGCAGAAGGUGGGGGAUCCCGACGAGCCUCGCACGAUUACUCUCCACCGCCACCACACUUGGAGGGACAGCCACGAAAGCGCGCAUAUUCGUCUAUAUCGCAAGAUUUCGCCUCUAGCUACCAGUCACAAAGACAAUCCGGACAAUGGCAAGCACUUGAAACACCACGACACCACGGUGCGCCAGCCGCAACCUAUGGACAGGCAAACGCCGCAACGGAGUCUUCAUAUCGGGCCCCUCUGUACUCGCCAAACGGUUUGGCUCCUCAGCCACAAUGGAGAAAUGCGCCUCCGGAGGCAGGCCGAGGCUCGUUUGACGGCCUACCAGGUGCAGAAGGUGCACAUGCAGAUCAUAAGCUAGAAUGGGAUGAGUAUAUUUCCGAGGAGUACUACAAGGCCAUUCAGCCAACAUUCCCACUUCUGCCCGGGCCCCAGGGCAAUGUUGCUGCUAGACUAGCGAAUGCCCCACCGCUCCUGAAGGACGCAUUCCUAGAGGCUCUGCACGUUGCUGUCCGACCUCCCGCAGACAGCGCGUCGGCGAGAAGAGCUGCAAGUUUGGUCUCUGCCUGCCAAUUCGAUAGCACAGCAACCAAGACGCUUUCGGACAGCCUCCUUUUGCUCUCGGCUCAGAUUUUCAUGGCCAUCGAAGCCGGCAGCCAUGGGCCAUCUAGUGCGCGUAGUGCUGGGUCCCAGGCCGUGUGGCUUGGAGCAGCAGUCGGUCACGCGUUCUCGUUGAAGCUGCACACUUCUAACGCAGCAGAGGGCGAAGACGAAGACUCAACUGAUAAACUAUCCCGGCGCAUCUGGUGGAGUCUUCUCAUCCUCGACCGCUUCCAUGCGUCAGGGACAUCAAGCCCGCUCCUGAUCCCCGACACCAGUGCCGUCCUCCGCCUCGACGAUAUCAGUGUUUUAGGCGAACAGCUAUACCACCUAGCUCGGCUCUCAUCCAUCCUCGGCCACGUCGCCACGGUCCUCACCUCGCCCCCCUCCCUCCUCGCCUUCCCAUCCUCCGCCACCCCACUCCUCUCCACUCUCCUCACCGGCGAACUCGAGCGCUUCCGUGAAUCCCUUCCCGCCGCCCUAACCACCACAUCAGCCCCCCUCAUGCACCUCACCUACUGGCACAUUCAACUCCUCACCCUGCGCGCCACGCCCGGCACCCCACCCGGCACCCUCCUCCACCCCGCCGUUCAUAUCACGUCUCUCCUCGCCGCCGCACCUCCCUCGCCUUUACACAUCCACUUUACCACCCUCGCCUCAGCCACCCUUCUAGAGCUGCUCGAUAACGAAGGCACCCGCGAAGAAGCAGACCGCACUCUGCGCUCGCUCUUCGAAGGCCCGCCCCGCACAUCUGCGCCCUGGGACAAGGCCCUGCGCGACCUAGUGGCCCGACACACGAGGGCAGCGAGCCCAGUAGCGCCGAGCGCCGCGGCCCUGACGGCUAGCCAGGGGCUGCAGCACCUUGCUGAUUUAGCGACGGCGGCAGAGGCGGUGGAGCCAAAGGAGGGCGGCGCGGCUGUCGCGGCGGUGAGCUGGGAUCCGGCUACUAUGACUAGGGGCGGGUUCUUGGGGGUUUGGGGAGGGGAGACGAGGUAG